AUGACCUCAGUUCUUGAUCAAAUUAAAGCAUGGACAACUAUCGUUGCUGAUUCGGGUGAUUUUGAAUCAAUUGCUCAAUAUAAACCUCAAGAUGCAACAACUAAUCCUUCCCUAAUUUUGGCUGCCACUAAAAAUGUUCAUUAUACUGGUUUAAUUGAUUCUGCUAUCAAAUAUGCAAAUGAUAAAAAAGGAACUAUCGAUGAAAAGAUUGAUUGGGCUGCUGAUAAAUUGUUGAUCAAUUUUGGCUGCGAAAUUCUUAAGAUUAUUCCUGGUCGUGUAUCUACCGAAGUAGAUGCUAAACUUUCGUUUAAUACCGAAGCGACAAUCCACAAAGCUAGACGUCUUAUUAAACUUUAUGAAGAAGUUGGUAUCGAUAAGUCGCGCAUAUUGAUCAAGGUUGCUUCAACUUGGGAAGGAAUUAAAGCUGCUGAAUGCCUUGAAAAAGAAGGAAUUCAUUGUAAUUUGACUUUACUUUUUUCUUUCGCUCAGGCUGUAGCAUGUGCGGAAGCAGGUGUAACUCUAAUUUCCCCCUUUGUUGGUCGAAUUCUUGAUUGGUACAAAAAGAGUACUGGUCAAACCUACGAUGCCAAGAGUGAUCCUGGUGUAAAAUCUGUAACUAGAAUCUAUAAAUAUUAUAAACAACAUGGAUAUAAAACUAUUGUAAUGGGUGCAAGUUUUCGUAAUACUGGUGAAAUUGAAGAGUUAGCCGGUUGCGAUUUCUUAACUAUCAGUCCUGCGUUGUUGAAAGAAAUGCAAAGUGAUUGUAAAAAGAUUGAAAGAAAGUUGUCCCCUGAUCAUUGUGAUAAUGAACCAAAAGUUACUUAUGAUGAACAAUCAUUCAGAUGGGACCUUAAUGAAGAUGCAAUGGCUACUGAAAAACUUUCUGAAGGCAUUAGAAAGUUCGCUGAAGAUAACAAGAAGUUGAAGGAUGAAUUAAAAUUACGUUUAUCUCAAUGUUAA